AUGCAAAAAAUAAAUCAGGUGAAAGAAACAAUCAUGAACCAGGAAAAACCUGCCAAACUGCAGGCACAAGUGUACAUUGGUGGGAAAGGACCUGCUCGCAGAAAGAAGAAGGUGGUUCAUAGAACAGCCACAACAGAAGAUAAAAACUUUCAGUUCUCCUUAAAGAAGUUAGGGGUAAACAAUAUCUCUGGUACUGAAGAGGUGAAUGUGUUUACAAACCAAGGAAGAGCGAUCCACUUUAACAACCCUGAAGUUCAGACAUCUCUGGCAGGGAAACCUUUCACCAUUACAGGCCAUGCUAAGACAAAGCAGCUGACAGCAAUGCUACCCAGCAUCUUCAUCCAGCUUGGUGCAGACUGUCUGACUAGUUUAAGGAGACUGGCUGAAGCUCUGGCCAAACAGUCUGUGGAUAGACCAGCACCACUUGCAACUGGAGAGGAUGAUGAUGAUGAAGUUACUGAUCUUGUGGAGAAUUUUGAUGAGGCUUCCAAGCAUGAGGCAAAAUGA